UAUUUUAUGACAUUUAUAAGAUAUUUAAGAUGAGUGAACAUGGGUUUGAAAGUCUUCCCACAGCUGGAUUCUCUGAUAGCUCCUUCUGCUGUCCCAAAGGAGACCUUUACUUCUCUCGUGAGACUGGUUUGAACAAACAGUACAGUUUCCCAACGGAAAGGACAGUAUCUCAGCUUAAACUCCCUCCAGCCCGAGUGUAUUAUUCCUUCCUCUCACCAAGAAGAAUAUGAAAAGCAAGAAAAGUCCGGAAGCACAGACGCGUCCUUCUAGGUGUCCGGAUAACAGUGCCUUCAAGCAACAGAAACUCCCAGCUUGGAAGCCUCAGCUCACUAUUACAACUGUGCUCUCUAGCUUCUUUGUCACCGGAGCGUUCUGCCUUUCUGCAGGAAUCUGUCUCAUACUGUCUGCAAACAGUGUCAGAGAGAUCCAGAUUAAUUAUUCAGAUAAAUGCUCGGAUUGUUCAAAACUCCGUGAAAAUUCCUCUAAUUGGAAUAAUGACUGCUACUGUUCUGUUGACUUCAUGCUAAAGGAAGAUAUGCUGGGUGAUGUUUUUAUGUACUAUGGCCUGCAAAACUUUUAUCAGAACCACCGUCGAUACGUGAUAUCAAGAAGUGAUGCACAAUUGUUGGGUCGAGAUGUAGAUAUUCAGAAGAGCUACUGUGCGCCUUUCACGACUUACCGAAAUGGAACGCCAAUGGCUCCGUGCGGUGCUAUCGCCAACAGCAUAUUCAAUGAUACUAUUGAUCUUUUUUACAACCUUAAGUCAUCUGUUAUUCAAGUCCCACUGCUGAAGACUGGAAACAGUUGGUGGACAGAUAAAAAUGUGAAAUUUCGCAAUCCAAAAUCACACAAUCUUUCUUCUGCAUUUGCAGGGACAGCAAGACCUCCUUACUGGCAGAAGCCAGUAUAUUUGUUAGAUGAGGAAGAUGAAAGGAACAACGGUUACAUAAAUGAUGAGUUAAUUGUCUGGAUGCGAGUGUCGGCCUUUUCUACAUUCAGAAAUCUUUAUCGCCGUGUCAGCCGCACAAGGCAGUUUGCUGAUGGCCUCCCAGCAGGGAAUUACACUUUUCGUAUUUCCUAUAAUUUCCCUGUUAGCAAAUUUAAGGGGAAGAAGCAUGUGAUUCUUUCAACCAUGGUAUGGAGCGGAGGAAGUAACCCAUUCCUGGGAAUCGCCUACACGGUAGAUUGUUUGCCUGAUGAUGGUGCUACGAAUCCCACGAUACCAGGAAAAGCAAACUUUCGUUUGAUUCUAUAUGAAGCUUCACGGUUGGAAGACAUGCAAACCAUCUCAGGUUAUACUCAAGUAGAGCCUGAAGACAUGCGAGAAGGAAUGCCAGGUAUGCCAGAAUACUACUUUGUUUUCAAAGUGGGAUCUGAAAGCAAAUGCUGAAUCUCAGCAAGAUUCUUGUGAAUCAGAUAUUUUCACUGCUGUGUCAACAGAUUGAACAAUACAUCAAUUACCGGUUCAAGGCACAAUGCAUUCAUCUACAAAAGGAACUAAUAUCUGUACAGCAGCCAAAGGGACUCCUACUGGCGCAACAGAAGAAAAAUGCAAGAAUUUGUAGAAACAGUGAGAAGAAAGAAUCAUGUAACAGAAUAAUCCAACUUGGAAGAAGAGCCUUCCUAAAUAGAAAAUUAGAUUCUGGCACUCGGGCCAUCGGAGAGCUAAAUCUUGUGAAGCUGCAGCAUGUUCAGGAACAAGGAACAUCACCGUAGUGCAAGAAUUACGAUGAAGAAGUGGAAAGCUCUGAAAACAAAAGCACCUUGUUCUGGACAUGGAAAAUAUCGGUGGUCUGGUUAAAAACUAAGCUAGCAGCACCUCCGCCAGUACUGAGAUGGCUGACCAAGGUGAAGAGGUCAGGUGGUCACCGCAACUGAGCAAUGCAGUAGACCAGCCCAGAGCCUGCCUGCCUCAUUACAGUCACAGCUGGGGCAGCUGUCUCUGCUGUGCCUCAGCCCCUCCUCAGGCAGCGCUCCGGAGCCAGCAGGUAACUCCAGGGAGUAAACCUGUAAGCACUACUUAGCCCUGCAGCAGAUUCCAGCUACAAGGAGUUUUGUUUUAUAGCAUCUAGCACACUGGAUCCCUGGCUAUGCUACCCUGUUGGAUGUGCCUACAGUUUAAACAUCAAUGCAUUAACACCUAGCUCUUCUACAUCUAUGCACCGUGUGAAAGUUGUUUUAUCUGUCUGCAGCGAAGUCUUCACCGAAUUAAUGACGUCAUCACUGAAGUCGUUGUCGUCGUUCUGAGGUGUCGGAGGCACGGUAAUUUUUGGAGCACGGCCUUUAGAAGAAAAGUACUUAUAAAGAAUAACUGCAAUAUCAAACAGGUUUGAAAGUAAACAGUUAUUCCAGGCGACCAGCAAUUCAAAAGCCAAAAACUCCAACAGAACCACCUCAGUGGCCUUUAAGGGAUUCAUGGCUGGGCUCCCUGAUAUACCCAAUGUGUCUAUCUCCACUUUCAAAAGACGCACAAGCCCUGUGAGUACCACUUACGUGCAAGAAUUUUGGUUUGUCAUUACAUACUCGGUAAGUGUCCUUAUGUUUGAAAGCACUGACUGAUCAAAUAAACGUAUAAGCAAAUGCAGAGAAAUGCAGAGAAAAAGAAAUUAAAAUCUAAAUGCAAUAUUUCAUGUCGGAGCUGUAUUGUUUUUUUCUUCAUCUCAAAUGAGUUAUCAGCAUUUUUAUGUUUAGGUAUCCAAAUAAUGCUACCAAAUGAACUGCUAACCCAUUCAUGAUACCAAAAGUGGCGAUAUUAAAAAUCUGGGUACAAUUGAAAGUGGUGGGAAAUGCAAGGUAUUUGCCUCAAAAGCAUAUAUAAUCUGUAUUCUUCCCCAACUUAUUGCAGUUUAGUGUUACAAGUAAAUGGCUCUCUGUGACAUUUGUCAUGUUUUUGAAAAGUACUCUGAAUUUAAGCUUAUUAUUAUGCUUAUGCAUUCCUAUAAUGAAUGGAGACAGAUUAAAGGGGGGGGGGGGAGCAAAUCUAGGCUGUUAUUUUGGAAAUAGUAAUACAAAGCACUCUGCAAAAUAGUCUGCAUGUCCAAACAUUCACAGUCUAAUGAGAUGUGACAAGAAUAGAAAGACAAAACACUGGGUUCCAACUUACAGCAACUUUUCUACCUAUGAAGGUGAUUAUUAUUAUUAUUUUUAGGCUGACAGGUAGCUACAGCUCACACCAGCAGAUUAUUUCUUUUGGUAAAGAUGGAAGUGAGACGCAAAAUACAUUGAUGACUCUUUGAGAGGACAUGCAGAGUCCAGACUGCUGUACUGUAUUCUUGUUUGUGCUGUAUCAUGUCAGUUACCACUACUAAAAGAAGGCACAAGCAGCAUCUGGAUACUUCAGCAACAAAUGCAAAAGUCAAAUAGAAAAUCUAAAAGUCUGUGUCUCUGAUCUUCAGUAGCUGCCCAACAUUGUCUGACAGUAAGUCUCACUCAGGUUUCUAAGGAUGAGCAUGGAAGAGUGAAGGCAACCAGAAUCAUUAAUGUUGGCUACUGUCUGUAAACAAGAUCAACAGUAAAGUAAUUCUUUACUCCAGGCUUUUAUUAUGACCAAGCUUUUGAUGUCAAGUGUCAGGAUACUAACUCAACUUUGCCUGCAGUUCAGUAUUGCCUGUUCAUUUGGUUUUAGCAUAAAAAUUUGCUUCUGCGCUCAAUACAAACAGUGCAAGUUUACUGAUGAGAAAUCACUUUCAUACUCCAUUUAUACUCAAAUGCCCUACAAAUGCCUCUGUGCUUUUAACCGGAUCUGUUCGACACAGUAAUGUCGACCUGUCAUCUCUCCCCAAUUCAAACUUUCUUCUGUUUUACAGAUAAAAACGUUAAGAAAAGGACUGCAGGAAAGCCUUAGGAAAGCUUCCAGUCUCCUAAACAACACAGACAACCAUUGUUUGUCAGUUUUGAUCAUUUUUCAGAAAGCAAUCAAAUAGCAACUCCUCAUUUGUCUGAUGCGCAAUUACGUAAGACUCAAACAGAGAAAAAUUGCAUAUGCAUCUAAAAGCAAAGCUAUCUCAAAUGAGGUCAAGUCAGACAGAGGAAAGAUCUUCUAUCCUAAAGUCUUAAACAUUAACUGUACUGAUCUCCCUUUUUUGCGUGUAACUAACGUCAAUAUUAUUUUCCCUCACAGCUGGUACUUUUUGUAUACGUACUCAUCUUCAUACAUUGUACAUAAUGACAUAUAUAGUGCAAAAAAAAAAAAACUGUUACCUGUAAUUAACCUCCACUUUUUUUUUUUCCCCCCCCACUUCAUGAACGUGCAAGAAAAAGAAUAUACUCAGACUAUAUAUAAUGCGACAGCAGCAAAGGUUUUCUUGGAAAAUAAUCAUACUAAAUAAGAAGUCUGAAUGUAGGAAUUUCUAGCUAGCCAAGAUUUUACUUCAGGGCCAGAAGAGGGCACUCAAAAGGUAGUUUUUCUGUUUGUUUUUGUUUGUUUGUUUUUGGUUUUUUUCUUGAAUUCUUCAUAUUAACAGUCUGUUAGUUCAUGUGUAGAUUCAAGGAGAUGUACCAGUCCUGACAGUCACUAAUGUCUCCUCCUUUCAGGAAGGUUUCCAGUGUGAUUAUGUCCUGUGGUCAAAAAUCUCUUAACUAAUUUAACAAACAAGAUACUUCUACAGCUCACCUCGUCAACAGGAGGCUGGAACUAAAACAGCAAAGUGAUGCUGGAACCAAACUUCAGGUCUUCAGUAUUAAAUAAUUUUUGCUUGCCCAGGACUAAUGCGGAUAUUCUCUCAAUUGCCGCCCAUGUUCAGCACAAGAACAGAAGCCUUGGAGGAGCUGUCAUAGUGUAAGAGUUCAUCACAUGGUUGGUGCAGGGUUGGGGAACAGACUACUUGCUCAUUUAUUCUUUUUUGUGCCUAAAUGAUUUCUUGUUUAUUAAACCUACCUCAGUAUCACAAUGUUAAUUCAAACAAAACAGUAAAAUGUGUGUAGGAAGCCAUGUCAUAAUCCUGCCCUUCAGCUCAAACACCUCCUGCAAAUUAGUUGUAUUUUUUGUCACCAUUAUUACCAAAAAUUUAUUUCCACAUCAUCGUCCUCUGACAGCUAGAAAACAUCUCAUAAAAUCCUGGCUAAAUCUCUCUGCGGUGAGCGGAUAUCCAUUUGCUCGUACACAAAUUGCGUUCUGCAGUGCCAAUGGGGUUCCCCUCUCUAACAUGUAUUCCCUGGACAUAUCGGUAGAGAGCAAUGUUUGCCUUCAGUCGGCCUGUCCUCAUUUCCCUUCUGCUGCGGGAGCUGCCCCUCUCCCAGCAGGUGCCUGCGGCCUCCUCCAUGCCCGGCCUGCACUGAGCGAGGCGCAGCAGAACAUGCCCACGGGCACAUUUCCAGCAAGGCCCUGCCAGUGCCCUCGGUGAUGGCGUUAAGACUUUAAGACUUCCCUGUCUCUAACAGAAAGACUGAUUGCUACGGCAUAGAUUCACGUUAGCACUUUACUCUAUACACUGUGAUCGUAAACCUGACUCUUUUUCAUCAUCUCUCAUUUCCACCUAAGUGCUGCCAGUUUUCAGCAGAAAUGCCUGUCUCUUUAACUACCUGACCUUGUACUUUUUGCUCUAUGAGUCUUCACAUAAUUUCUGUUACUCGAGUCUCCAAGUCAGCCAGGUCUUCCAAUACAAAAGUUUCAUCUUCCUCUGCGCUGACCGCACCUAUAACAUUAGUAACACGCUCCUUCAUUUCGCGCCAAGUCACGCAAUGAACGCCUCUGGAAUAACUGCACUAGAAGCUUCACCACAGUCAGAUAAUCCUCGUUUAAGCAUAAUUCAUAGCCCUUUUUGUCCUCCAGCUAACUUCUGACCCACCCAGCUACACACAUUUUAAUCUACAUCUUGUCUCUAGCCUACUCAGUAAUUUCUCAGAUGUUUCACUGAAAUCCAGAUAACCUAGAUCAGCAUUUCCCUUGGUGAAAAAAUCAGUUAUCAGAAAAAGAUGUUAGCUGCACUGCCUGCCUUUGGGAAAAGCCAUAUGACAUUUUGUCCUAUUUCUUCAUAUAUCCAAGCCAUUUAAUUACUUUUGUAAUUACUAUCAAAACAUAUUUUGAAGACAAAAAAAAAAACCCAGAAACUCAAACAACUAAUGCGUCUGGAGUUCCCUGAUCACUAUGCUUAAUCUAGAUUAUAAUACAAGAACAAAACAUGAAAGAAUCUUUCUGCAGACAAGCAAAGCUUACUAAAUACUCCUAAGUAGGAAAAGAUUUUUUUAAAAGACAACUGGCAGGACAAUGACGCCAUAUACUUGAGAAAGAUCUUAAAAUGUCUUAAAUAUAUAUAGGGAGAGCAUUAACUUAGCACAACAAACAGGUAUCUGACUAGAAGCAGUUGAAUAAAAUCAUCAAACUUAAGUAUUA